ACCAAACUCAGCCCCGCCCUCUAGUCGCCAUUUUUCUCCACCUUUACACCAGCUAGCUGCCUGACGAGCUGCGAAGUCGCUUAAAUAUCACAAUUGGAGGAAAAGACUAUUUUAUCCGAGCAAACUACAUUUAGAACUCUUUAUUGGACGAUAAAGAGUUGUGUAGCCAAGUGGAGACACCUUCGAGGUUGAAAGCUUUGGGAUUUUGUUAAAGGCUCGUGCACUCAUUUCGGUGUGAAGAUAGACGUGUUGCAGGGCCGCCAUUUUUGUUACUGUCGGACUGGGAGGCGAACAUAGCCAGCUAGCUGGUUGGAUCACACACAGAGACAAAACUGUUGUGAAAUAUUUGAAUGGACUUAUUGGGCGCGACUGCCUUGUUUGAGUCCGCAUCGUGAUGUAGACGCGUUUGUGAGCGUAUUAUGGCGACCCUUUCUCUGUGGUGAGGUGGCUAGCUGGCUAACGUGCUAUAUUGUUUCGUAAACUGGGUGAGCUUAGCUGGCUGUAUUUAACAUUACUUCGCGGAAGAAGGAACGGAAAAGCGGAACUUGAAUGGAGGAUUCUCGAUUUGUGUCAAGUUUAUACGAGUGAUUUGCUUUUAAAAAAAGCAAAGUGGUGAAACGUUUAGCUGUUUAUCUUCUGUGUUGAAAAAAGGGUAACGGUUAACAUUAGCAAUGCAACAAAGUUGGUUGGUCGCAGCCUGUCUGUGAAACGUCAGGUUGCGGUUCAGCUGUAGGGUCGGAGUAGCAAAGAAAUUGAAAGAAAACGUCGCUUGAUUUUAAUUUAUUGCAUAUUAAUAUAAUAUAUUGAUCAGCUCGAGCUUAUUUAUUUGAGUGCAGUCAUGUCGUCGGCGCGGUUCGAUUCAGCGGACAGGAAUAGUUGGUAUUUCGGUGGUCUGUCUCGGCAGGAGACUCAGAGCCGGUUACAGGGACAGAGACACGGCAUGUUUCUAGUCCGCGACUCGUCCACUUGCCCCGGGGACUACGUACUGUCCGUGUCCGAAAACUCCAAAGUGUCCCACUACAUCAUUAACUCGUUACCCACCAAGAGGUUCAAAAUCGGCGACCAGGAGUUUGAGCACCUGCCCGCGCUUUUGGAGUUCUACAAGAUCCACUACCUGGACACGACCACACUGAUAGAACCUGCGCCCAGGUUCCCCAACACAGCUCUAACUGGCGGCCCUGUUCAAUCCAUCGGCGGCCCCGGCGAUGAGAAUCUGGAGUAUGUGCGGACUCUUUAUGACUUCACUGGCAGUGAUGCAGAGGAUCUUCCUUUCAAGAAGGGAGAGAUCCUGAUUAUCCUGGACAAGCCUGAGGAGCAGUGGUGGAGUGCAAAGAACAAGGAUGGCCGUAUUGGAAUGAUCCCUGUCCCCUACGUAGAAAAGAUAGUCAGGCCGUUGCCUCACACUGGGACGGCUGGCCACGGCUCACGCAACUCGAACAGCUACGGCAUCCCCGAGCCUGCACACGCCUACGCUCAGCCUCAGACGCCAUCGCCCCUGCCCCCCGGCACACCCGGCGCUGUCAUCAACCCUCUGCCCUCCAUGCAGAAUGGGCCUGUCAUGGCCAGAGCCAUUCAGAAACGAGUCCCCUGUGCAUAUGACAAGACUGCCCUAGCACUGGAGGUGGGUGACAUUGUGAAGGUGACCCGGAUGAACAUAAAUGGUCAGUGGGAAGGCGAAGUGAACGGCCGGAGAGGCUUGUUUCCGUUCACCCACGUGAAAAUAUUGGAUUCCCAAAACCCAGACGAGAGUGAAUGACCUGGGUGUUGCCCUGUCGGCGCCCUUCUCGACCUGCUGGCUGCCUUGCCGUCGUCACCACCGGAAUCGCACUUGCCUGCUUGAGGCUCUGCCACAGAGCGCAUCUCUCGAGCGAACCAUUUGCGCGGCUUCUGACUGUUUACAGCUCCAAACUCGAAUAGUUCCUAAUCCCUUUUCCCUGGUAUCGAUUCCCAAAUCGGUAUUUUUGUCUGCCCUUCAAUGUGCUGUUAUUUCCAUCUGUCCUUGUGCCAAGGUGAGGUGUGAGUACUGGCUUGUUGUCAUGCCUAGUCUUUCUUGCCUCUUUUUCUUUCUUUCUUCUUUUUUUUUUCCUGGAAAUCUAGCUUUGACUGUUGACAAGCCAAAACACAUUGAGAAGAGACAGUCUCAUUGAAAAAGAAAGGGAGUUUUCAAAAUGAGGAGUGGAUUAAAAUGAAAACUUCUUUUCCUCUUCCAUUGUGCUCCCCCUUUCCUCUUCUCCUCUAGUGAGACUGACUGCUCAGUGUGUGUGUGAGACGUAAGCAGUCCUAAUUAGCCCUGAGUUGAGGCUUCAGUCUCUCCCUGGCAGGUUUCUUUAGAGUGCAGAGCACCAUAUGAAUUUAAUAUUAAUUCAUGAUACAUCUCAGAAGCAGAUUUUGUGUGUGAAACUAGUCUACAGCUGUAGCCUUUUUGAGUUGUGCCAUGAUAAUACACAAUGCGUAAAUAUCAGGUGUAGUGUGUGAAAGUUGUGGCUUUAGAACGGUGAAGGUAGGCUUCUCUGGAGGCUUCUUCAAUCCAGCCCUGAUUAAUCCCAGUGAUAUGAGAGUGUUUUAGGUUUUCACCUGAUCUAUACCUUCUGUACUGAUGUGAGCAGGAGUGUUUGCACACGGCAUCAUGAGGAAGCAUGUUUCGCUGCUUGGAUUUGGUCUGUGAUUAAUGCUGCUCUCUGCUUUGCCUUUGUUUCCACUGAGCUCAACCCGUGUUGGCAUUUAGCUGAUUUUUGCACAUCGGCAGUUUUCAUUUGUAAAUGAUUAAUUAAGUGUUUAGUAGCAUUCAGACUCGGGUUCUGUAUUUUUUUUAAGCUAGCCAAUGAAUCUGUCCUUUACUGUGUGUUUAAAAUGAGCUGUAGUGAAAAAAAAAAAACUCAGAUGGGGAUUUUCUAAAAAGGGAUAAAAAUGCCUGCUGGAUGCCUAUGCGCAUGAUCUGACAAAGAGCGCUCUUCCUCCUGACCCUGCGUUCACGUGUCAUUCCUGCCUCGAUCUGACCUGGUUUCACUGGUAACACCUAGCGAGUGGGGCUCAACGUGACUCCUGGAUUUACUUUGCAAUUACAAUCCUAAUGCUUCAGCCUUCAUACAUUUUAAACACCUUUACAGGAUGUUCAUGUUCUAAUCACAGACACACACCAACAGACGUGGGCGAUACAGCUGAAAUUCUGAUACUGCACAGUAUAGUUCACAAUAUUUUUUGUGCCAGCAAAACAAUGGAUACAAAAUAUUAACGUUUUUAAAUGAUUGGUACAAAGACAGAUUAGAACCUAGUCUGUUACUCGUCACAGUGAGUAACGAUGCAGACAAUACUCAUGAUACUGAGAAGUGUAUUAUGUCCAUAUAUUGUGAUCUCAAUAUCGUAUCAUCCAGCCCUACAGUCUGAGGUGCUUCUCCAAGCAGCUUUUACAUUUUAUUACUAAAGAGAAAUUACAAUGAUAGUCACCUACAGCUUCCACAGGCUGGAUAAUAUUGUUACAGUGGUGAAAAUUUUAAGCAAGUUGCAUUGUCAUGCUUGCAGAUUGUCGGUCACUUUGCUUCUGAUUCGUGUCAGAAGUGCUCAUCACUGCCUUUUUGUUUCAGGUUGCUUUAUGGCAUCACAUUGCUGUUAGUGUGACUUCACUGUGACCCCAAAAGUGAUAGUUACUGGAGGUCAUGAAUUUCCUGCAUAGGUUUGUGACAUACAGCCACGUUUCCAGCCACGAAUGAAAUAUGAAAUUUUAUACUUUUAAUAAAUAAAUGUAAAUUAUGCCAAGGUAAAUUUACAAAUCCAAAUGAUCGGCUCUGGUAAAUUCCUCAUGCCAGUUUUACCUGCUUUUAUUGUGAUAUAAACCACAUCUUGUACACAGGGUUGUUGAUGUAAUUUCUACUCAAAUCUACAUUUUGGCAACUAUGAUGUCUUAAAAAAAAAAUUAAUAAAGCUAGCCAGGUCAUGUCCACAAAAGACUGGAGUGAUAUUAGUGUGUGAACGCAGGAUCAGGUCUUCUGCUGCUUUACCACUUUUUCUUCUCAACUCUGAACUUGUUUUUGAAUGAUAUAGGUGAAUUAAACCUCAUCCUGUUUUGGUUUUGCUCUCCAAGAAACGGUUCUAGGCUAAUCUAUUUCAGACUUGUUCAAAUAAUUUAAGUUUUCCAAAUGUUUCUUUCUUUUUCUUUUUUUUUUUUUUUAUAUUAACAGUAUUACUGUGUUAAUUUUUUUUUUUUGCAUAAGUAGGUACCCUUAUGGUGUCCCUAGUACAAAAAAAUUGAAAAUGUGCCUUUUUUGUUUUAUUUUCUUUGACCAGUUUAAUAUGUUAAUAUUUGCCCAUCCGUAACAUCCGUGCUGAUACGAUCCAUCAUGUACAGAGUGAGGAAAUAAAAUUUACUUCUCUUAA